ACACUAGGAUAGACUAGAGCAACCCGGGGCUGAAGAGAGCUAGGCAACGCCUAUGCUUUUAUCAAUAUCAUUCUCCCACCCCUCUCACCUUCUCCACUAAUGGGGUUUGAUAAGGAGAGAAGAGAGGACGCAGGGUUUUUGCAGUUGAGAAAAGGCCCAUGACUAUAAGCCUUCCUCCUCUUCCUCCCCCCUAUGUAGCUGCUGCUGUGGGCUGGCCUCCCUCAUCCCUCCUUACCUCCUCCCUCCUUCUCCUCUUCAUUCCCCCCAUGUAGCUCCUCCCUCAUCCCUCCUUCCCUCCUCGGGGCAUCUUUAUAAAGAGACUCUUAGUCCCACCAUGGGAGGAUCACUCACAGACACAGGAGUCCACGGAGCCACAGCUCUCUUCUGUCAGUGAAGCAGCAGUCGGUGAAGCAGCAGUCAGUGAAGCAGCAGUCGGUGAAGCAGCAGUCGGUGAAGCAGCAGUCGGUGAAGCAGCAGUGUGGUGAAGCAGCAGUCGGUGAAGCAGCAGUUGGUGAAGCAGCAGUCGGUGAAGCAGCAGUGCAGUGAAGCAGCAGUCAUUGAAGCAGCAGUCAGUGAAGCAGCAGUCGGUGAGGCAGCAUUCGGUGAAGCAGCAGUCAGUGAAGCAGCAGUGCAGUGAAGCAGCAGUUGGUGAAGCAGCAGUCGGUGAAGCAGCAGUCAUUGAAGCAGCAGUCAGUGAAGCAGCAGUCGGUGAGGCAGCAUUCGGUGAAGCAGCAGUCAGUGAAGCAGCAGUGCAGUGAAGCAGCAGUUGGUGAAGCAGCAGUCGGUGAAGCAGCAGUCAGUGAAGCAGCAGUGCGGUGAAGCAGCAGUCAGUGAAGCAGCAGUGCAGUGAAGCAGCAGUGCGGUGAAGCAGCAGUGCAGUGAAGCGUUGUGUUGUAUCAGCAUGGUUAACUCAGUAUUCCCAUUCUGCUGGACCCUGUGCCUGAUCCAGCUGGCUACAGGACUGGUUCAUGGAAACAUUCGUCUAGAGGACUCCCAUCCCAGCCUCAGGCACACCAGCGACUCCUUCCUCUCAGAUAUAGGUAAAGGCUCUCUCUCUAGAGGGGAUCCUGUUAGUUUCCACUCAGAGUCUGAGGAAGAGGAGGAGGAAGAGGAGGAGCUGCUGAUGGACAUGGAAACCUACAAUGAGGAUGUUGCUGAGACGGUGCAGCUGCAGAGCAGAGCGAUGCGUUCUCCCCGUCGCUGUAUCCCCCACCAGCAGUCCUGUCUGGGUAACACGCUGCCUUGCUGCGACCCCUGUGAUACCCGUUACCCCCGAAUGUUCGGGUCAAUCUGCUACUGCCGUCGGACGGCCUGCGCCGGCGCUCACCGGCGUCCCUAACACCCCUCUACGGCCCCGACGGCUUGCUCCGGCCCUCACCGGCGUCCCUAACACCCCUCUACGGCCCCGACGGCCUGCGCCGGCGCUCACCGGCGUCCCUAACACCCCUCUACGGCCCCUCCUCUCACGUUGGGCCCCCUUCUCUGCCAGUCUACAGUCAGUAUCUCAUCCAUAUCUGCAAGGCCUGAUUUUACGACAAACACAGACUCUAUACAUCCCACAAUGCAUCCAUGAGGUGGGACUAUUGGAUACUCGCUACGUUGGAUUUUCUUCUUGAUGUUAUCUCUGGUUGUGUUUUUUUUGUUAUUUUUUCCCCCGAUAGUUUAGAUGGAUGUUACGUUCGGUGUACAUUUAUCGUUCAAUGAAAGUCAAAAGACAAAUCAAUCUCUAAAAAGGCAAUAUAAUUGUCAAAAAAAAUUGGUUUAGAAUUUAAAACAUUUUUUUAGUUGUAAAUUAUUUAAUCUAAAAAAAAAACUGUCAACAUAUUUCUUUAAAGAGACCAGUAAGUAAAAUACUUACAUUACUCAAAUCAAAAGUUGAGUAAUUUUAAGUUUUGUUUAUUGACUUUAAAUAGUGAAUCAGGAUCUGUAUGUUAAUCAUGUGCCCAGAGUCUUAACAGUAGUCCAAUUGUGUAGCAGAGUUUAACAGUUUCUGCUACGUGGUUAAGACUUCAGUAUGUAAAACUCGCAUAAUGAAUUAUAUACACUGCUCAAAAAAAUAAAGGGAACACUUAAACAACACAAUGUAACUCCAAGUCAAUCACACCUCUGUGAAAUCAAACUGUCCACUUAGGAAGCAACACUGAUUGACAAUAAAUUUCACAUGCUGUUGUGCGAAUGGAAUAGACAAAAGGUGGA